CGUUCCAAGAAAUCUUUACUCCAUGACGAAGGCCAAGCAGCCGAAAUGCUUCAGAGUUUAAAAAAAGAUUUGUUUAAUUGAACAUGCCAUACAAAAACGGGCAUUUUUAUUAAUUAAAUGAAGAGUGCCUUGGUGCAUUCCAGGUCCAUUGGUUCUGCUAACAGUGAUGACAAUCUAUUGUAUAAAUAAAGUAUCUGACAUUGUAUUCCCAUUUUAAAUAUGCUGUGCUUUUAAAUGGUUGAAAGCACAGUGAUCGACAUUUGGGUGACAACUAAACCAAAAAUCAGACCUUGUUUUUCUGUUUGGUUGUGCUUUUAGAUGGUUGAAGCAUAAUGAUAACACAUUGGAAAUUCAACUGUCUUUUGAACUGACAAAUAUGAUCCACAUUGCAAUGAUGUAGUGUCCAGGGAGUGGUGGCUGAUUGUUCAGAGAUGAACAUCUCUCGCUUUCAUUGUUUUUGGAGGAUAAACACAGUCAUGAAGGAUCCUUUGUUGCUACACUGAUAGUUCCGUUAACUGACUGUGUGUGUGACCUCAGGCGCCGUUUUCCCUUAAUUCAGCAAUUUUAAUAACUGCCGCAUGAACACUUUGGUGUUGUUCGCCUUCAAAGUGCUUGUUUCAGCAUUGAGCACUGUGCUGAUUUGCUCUACUACAUUACUCAUUUCUCUGCUCAUGUUAAGCAACACUUGAUUCUCCUGACUAGAACAUUAUUCAUGCCCAUCUGGAAUUUCUGUGCCAGUGAAAAGGUAGCUACGGCUCAGAGCUGGGUUUCUUUGGUAACAUGAUGACCAUGACCAUCUCAUUUGGAUUUAUUGAAGCAGUGUCCUCUCACUGUCCUGGUGGUUUAGGUUACCUACCUGUUGUUGUCACGGAUACGCUCCCCUGGCAGGUGUGGGUCUGUUGGACCAGGAUGUGAUUCUCAGCUUUAUUGCGGCCUCGGUAAACAUCCAUGCUGGGUAGUGACUGACUGAUAGCUUCUUUACCUCUGCUGGAAUAUCAUUAGAUCUUUACACUGAGAGUCAGAGAGAGUGUCUCUAUUUUUCAGCAGUGGUCACCAACCCUGGUCCUGGAGAGCUACAUGAUGUGUAGGCUUUUGUUACAGUACUAGUCAACCAAUCAUAACCUUGAUUUGUUGAGUCAAUUAUAUUGAGCUGGAACAGAAGUCGCCACACCCUAAAGCUCUCCAAGACUAGGGUUAGAAACCAUUGUUCUAAGGGGUUUGUUGUCAGGAGUGUGUCCUGAGAUGGUUUUCUAUAAUCAGUUGUGACUAUUGUUCUUAGGCCACACCCUUCUGCUGCUAUUGGCUGGCAGGGACACUGUUGUAGUUGUUUGCCCUGCUGAUGUGACUCCUUUCUCCCGGACGUGAUGGGGAUGCUGAUAUUCCAGUUCCCAACCUGAGCCUGGCACUCCCGACAGCUGACAAUAGGUUACAGGUGUUACCUCACGACAGGUGCAACACACAUCACAACAGGUGUGUUACCUAGGAAUAUGGUUUAUUCCUAGAUACGCCUAGCAUUGCUUGGCUGAUGGGAAAUGACACACACACACGACUUACUUCCUCCUGAGAGAUGACGGGACAUGGGCACAUGAGGAGUGGACACAGCUCUACGAGAGACACAGGAUUAUUUUAUGGUUGGACAGGUCCAUGUUUCCAUGUGUGGAUUUCUCUGGCGAUUGGCAGACUUGAGUAAACUACAUCAGGCCUCAACAGGCAUGACCACAGGACUGGACUCUCUUACCUCCAUUGACCCUGCUGCUCUACCUGCGUAAGAGUGAAAUAGAUGGAGCAAGAAAGACAACUCUACCUUUACCUCUGUCUGCCAGAAGUCCAAUGUGAGCUCGGACAACUGUAUACAUGGGGAAGCCGUCCGGUCAGCUAUAUUGUCUGUUUUCCACUAUCUUGAGUAGAGACACUGGAACCUCCUCAUAGAAGCAUGGGACACAAACACCAGCCAGAACCCUGUCACCUUUUCCUCUGCACCACCCACUUGUUUACAUGUGCAGGUACCCCAAGGACUUCCCUCUGGAAGAGUCACCUUAGAAUACAUGCAUAGAGAAGAGCAUUCUGUCCUGUCCACACAGUCACUAUAAGCUCCUGUAUCACAGGUGUCUCAGGAACUGUUUGGGAGAGACCAGAGCUUGAGAUAUAGAGUGGACGUUAAGUAUAGGCAGAGGAAGCAUCUUUGAGUCAUGCAGGGCCGUGUGUGUCAGCUGUUGCUGGUGAAUGCUUUAACCUGUGGUCUGGAGGUGUGUAUGGCUGCAGGGACCUUCUACAUCCCCCCUCUACUGCUGCAGGCCGGCAUGGAGGAACGCUACAUGACCAUGGUGCUGGGAGUCGGGCCGGUUCUGGGUUUGAUCUUUGUGCCCAUGAUCGGUUCGUAUAGUGACUCGUGGCGUGGUCGUUUUGGUCGGCGCCGGCCAUUCAUCUGGCUCCUAUGUGUGGGGGUUCUGCUGGGCCUGCAGGUCUUACCCCAGGCUUCUCACCUAGCUGCCCUGCUCUACCCACAGCGCCCCCGAUGGCUGGAGGGGAUACUGCUGGUGGGGGCAGCCUGUCUGCUGGAGUUCUCAGGACAGGCCUGUUUCACACCGCUGGAAGCGCUGAUCUCAGACCAGUUCCCUGGAGAGGAGGAGAGCAGAAGAGCCUUUUCUGUCUACUCACUGAUGAUCAGCCUGGGAGGAUGCCUUGGAUACCUACUCCCAGCCCUGGACUGGAGCCAUGCCCCCACAGCAGCCUACCUAGGUGGCCAGGAGGCCUUUAUCUAUGCGUUGAUCACACUCAUCUUCCUCACCUGCCUCCUCAGCACAGUCUUCAUAUCAGAGGACAGAUGGACCGGAGGAGAGGGAACCAGGAAGGGCGUUAGUGUUAGUUCCACACUGAGCCCUUCCCAUUGGUGGAGCCGAUACUGUGGACACCCCUUGCUAUCGCGGACCCAGUGUGUACGGAUGGCUGUGGGGUGGUGUGUGUCGCUGUGUGUGUCAGCACUGCCACGUGUGUAUGGUGUGUGUAUGAGCUUGCCGGCAGUGAUAAGGCGGCUGUUUGUAGCUGAGCUGUUCAGCUGGAUGGCUCUGAUGAGCUUCAUGCUGUUCUAUACAGACUUUAUGGGAGUGGGGCUGUACCGUGGAGUACCCAACGCUACACCUGGAACACAGGAGAGACUACGAUACGACGAAGGUGUACGCAUGGCGAGUGUGGGUCUGUUUCUGCAGUGCCUGAUCUCAGUGGUCUGCUCCAUCCUGAUGGAGCGCUGGAUGGUGUUGCUAGGCACCCGGGCUGUUUACGUUAGCAGUGUGAUCCUGCUAGCGUUAGCUACAGCUGUGAUGAGCUUCUCAAAAAGUGUAGUGAUGGUCACUGUCAUGGCAGCAGCUACUGGAUAUACCUUCUGUGUGCUGCAGGUCCUGCCCUACACCCUGCUGUGUCUGUACCACUCAGACAAACGGGUCUUUUUCUCCAGCUCCAAAUCCAGACCUUCUCACCAAGGAGAAAGUGACGACCACACCAACUCAAAGCCGCUCCUUACCCCCGACCAUGGCAAGACCCCGCUUCUCACCUCUGCCUCCCCCCAUGUGUCUCUGCCCCUGGAGAGAGAGGGAGAGGCCAUACCCCUGCCUCAGAGAGGGAUGUGUCUGGACAUGGCUAUCCUGGACAGUGCCUACCUGCUCUCCCAGGUUCUGCCUGCUCUGUGUCUGGGCUCCAUAGUGCAGCAAUCCCACAGUGUCAGUGCCUAUAUGGCCUCCGCUUGCUUCCUUAGCCUCCUGUCCCUGCUCUGCUCCACCGGGGUCGUCUUCACACGCAGCGACCUCCACAAGCUCACAGGGUCAAAGGGCGACACUCCAACGCUGAGGGGGCAAAAGGAUUAAUCCAUUGUGGAUUCUAGUUGGUAUCUGUGUUCUAUUGUGGAAUUGUAGAUUUUUACUGGACUUUGGCAGUCCGUUAUAGAAUCCUGUAGCAUGACAAAUAUGCCGUAUGACUCAAAGGGUUGGGGAUUGCAGCUCUGACAUCAGCACCUCUGAGACAGACAGGUGCUGUGUUGACACAGGUAGAGGUUAACAACACAAUCGAAGAGACCGAUCAUUCUUUCUGCACAUACCUUUUUUCUUCCAGCCACAGAAUGACAUUGUGUGCAGUUACUUCUGGGCACAUUUCAUAUAGUUUUGUAGAUGUAUUUCUCUACUGUUGGUUGGUGUCUCAUUCCACUAUGGCAUUUCUUUAUCUGGAAUUGUAAUGAACUUACGAACCUUAUAGUUUCUUAUGUUGACAUAAAGAACUAGGUAGUCAUAUGAACAGUGCCAAUUGUGUUUUGGAUAAUACAUCAAGAGUCUGUCACCUAUUCCUUAACCCAACAUGUAAAUCUUCUGUUUUCAGUAUGCUAUGAUAUCAUAAUUACUCGAAGAGUGAUAUGGUAUGUAUUGAUAACGUAUGCAUUGGGAAUGUGGUAUUUUAUUCCUCAGGGAACUCAGUGCAGGUAAAUCAGUUUCUGCUGUAGGCUGCUAGCUAAAUGCCUUAUUUUUAAACCAUGUACUUGAAUGUCAUAAUCAAUUGUCAUCAGGUGGGAAAUGUACAGUUAUUCCAUGUUUUCCUGGCAUGGUGUCCUCAGACAUGCUUUCGCCUAAUGCAAAAAUGUGGUAAAUAUUUUUUACAUAAUAUAUUGAUUUGUUUUUCACGGUUUAAACUGUUUGUAAUUGUAUCAAGGGAAAGGAUGAGUUAUUAUACAGGGUAAUAGCUCAUUUGCCCCAGGGGUGCCGUACUACUAUGGCUGACCCUGUAAAACAACAUUUUACUGCAUGUAUCCAGUGUUUUAAAAAUAAUAAUUGAAGGUUAAGUUAUUACACAGGAUAAUAGAAGGUUAAUUGUUACACACGAUAAUAGGUUAUAUGCAAGCACUCUUUUUUAUGAAUAAAAUAUUUUAAACAAAACA